AUUACUUUUUCCCGGGAAGAGGAGGGGCAGAUAAAGGGAGAUAUCAUGUGUCAUUCUGAAGAAAUGAAACUACUCCCCCAAAGCUAAACGGACGACAACACAACCAUCGCUGCAGACAUGGCCUCAGUCAACAGCCUCCCAUGUGAAGAACAGUUCCUGUGUUCUAUCUGUCUGGAUGCGUUCACUGAGCCUGUCUCUACUCCAUGUGGACAUAACUACUGCAAGACUUGUAUCACAGGGUACUGGGCCAGCAGUGACCUGACACAGUGCCCCCUCUGUAAGGAGAAGUUCCACCAUAGACCAGAGCUUCAGGUCAACACAGAGUUCAGAGAUAUGGUGGAGCAUUUCAAAAAAAUGAGGGUGAGGAGUGAAGAUGAGGUCCUUGCGAAACCAGGGGAGGUGUCCUGUGAUGUCUGCCAUGGGUUGAAGCUCAAAGCCCAGAAGACUUGCCUGGUAUGUUUGGCCUCAUACUGCCAGCCUCACCUGGAGCCACAUCAGAGAGUCCCAACCCUUAAGAAGCACAAGCUGAUUGACCCUGUGUCAAACCUGGAGGACAGGGUGUGUAAGAGGCACGACAAGAUGUUCGAGCUCUUCUGUCCCACAGAUCAGACGUGUGUUUGUUUCAUGUGCUUGAAAGACAACCAUGCGACGCACAAAGCCAUCCCGUUAGAGCAUGUGUUCAGAGAGAGGAAAGCCCAUCUGGAGAAUGUGACGUCAGAAAUGAAAAUGAUAGAAGUUACUAAAACGAGGAGUAUUAAGGAAAUCAGAUACUCAGUUGAACAGAACAGGAAAGAGUCAGAGAAAGAGAUACAGGACAUCAAUGAGAUUUUCGCUGCUCUGGUGGCCUCUCUGCAAAGAAGCCGUGUCAACCUGAUUGAGUUGAUCCAGGAGAAGAGGGAAGCAGCAAAGGAGAAGGCUGAAGACCACGUAGCACAACUGAAGCAAGAAGUAGAUGAGUUGAGGAGGAGAAGAUCCAAAAUAGAGCAAGUCUUACAAACUGAGGAUGACUUCCACCUCCUGCAGAACUGGCCAUCCCUCUACUUCCCUUCACACAACAAGGACCCGUUCCAUCUUCUGUCUUGCUCCACCCCUCCAUUUACACAAGAUCUCCCUGACAGCAGUCAACAGAGCUAUGUGGGAAUGGUUAAAAAAGCAGUGGCCCAGAUGGAAAAGACCCUCAGUAAUGAGAUGGAGGUUCUUAUUCAUGGGGUCAGGUUGUCUGAUGGCUGUGAGAGUGCUAAACAGCCUGAUGCAGCGGAAAAACUAGUGACAGAUGAGUUAAUUAAAGAAGUGUGGAAUCCGCCUGAGGACGAGCUGAGGAUGAUCCAGCAGUGCCAUGCGGUGGAUGUGACUCUGGACGCCUACACAGCCAAUUCCAAACUCUUGGUGUCUGAGGAUGGGAAGCAACUGACAAUUCAACAAGGCCGAAUGCAGCAGUUUUUCAAUUCAUUAAAUGUAUUCGGAAGAAGAUUUGAAUAUCAGCCUUACGUCCUUGGGAAAGAGGCCUUUUCCUCAGGCAGGUUCUACUAUGAGGUUCGGGUCAGUGGGAGCAGAGGCUGGCUCCUGGGAGUGGUCAAAGAGUCCAUUAAAAAUGAGUUUAAUCCCAACCUUUCAGAACAUGGCUGGUCAUUUAGUGGAAUUCAUUUCCAAAGGGAAGAUUUUGCUCAUAGUUCUGUUCAUUCUAUUAACUCUGGUCCUAUGCGCCUGAGGCAAAGGCCCCAGACAGUUGGUGUGUUUGGGGAUUAUGAGAAGGGAGAGAUUUCCUUCUAUGAUGUGGACGCCAGGACUCUGAUCUACUCUUACACAGGAUGUGUCUUCACUGAGACCACACCAGCACUAAAAGCUUUUCUCUAUUCUCUGACUGACUCUCCCUUAAGUGGCAGACUAAAGCUUUACCCUAUUUUUGGUAUUUUUGGAGAGGAGCCUGACAACGUACUCGUAAUCACUCCCGUAGGUCGUGCAACUUAAAGUGCCACAUACAGCACACCAAGGGAAAUUAAUGUGUAACUUCUCCUGAAAGAUUUUUCUUUUUUUUAAAAUUUCGUUUCAAAUUUCAGAUUUCACACAUCUGCUCUGUUUGUUAGUAAUGGGGCAUACAAAUUAUUGUAUUAUAUAGAAUUGUAUAUUUUUUGCAACAGAGAUCUGUGAACAACUUGGAGACUGCAGAAGUUAUUUGUGUGUGUGUAUAUAU